AUGUCUACUGAUUUGAAACCGGACUACAAGACUAUCAUAGAGCUUAACCAGGGUUUUCGCUAUGCAGUAACAGGCACUUACUUUUUGGCGGUGUAUGAUUACCUCCUACUAAUGGAUAGAGAAUAUCGUCAUGUCAGCUCAAACAUAUGGCUUAAUCUUGAAGCAUACCUCACCGGAAAAAUCAUUAGAUUUAUAACUCAAGGUGCUAAGAUCUGGUCUUGUGUCGUCAAUAUACAGAAUCUUCGCUUCUACACAGGGGUUCCGGGAUCUGGGUGCUAUGAGAAUCGCUCACGCAACGCGGGCGGACAGCUUUCAACAUUCAUCGUUUCUGGGAUGAUCCUUGAUGCAAUCGCGUUAUUUGUUAUUGUCGCGCACUGUUGUCGGACACGAAGCAUUUACGGAAAACUUGGACAACUUUUUCUUUAUCAAUGUCUGGGAUUCUACAGUCUGCUGCUUCUAGUGUACGGUCUCGCGCUGGUAGCAAUUCUCAAAUUUCUCACCUUUUUGCACAAACUCAGGCCAAUAUAUGAAACUGCUUCAAUGUCCUACGCAAUUUUAGUGAUGCUUCCAAACAUCCUGGCCUGCAGAUUUAUUAUUCAAUUGCGAGAACAUGCAACCCCUUCAGAAAGUAAGCAACUUCGAGUUGUCUCGAAGCAACUCAGACGAGCCAUCGUUCUCGGUGAUAAUCGUGGUCCAAAUCAUGUCAACGAGGAUAUCCCUUUGCGUGCAAUGGAGACAGAUAGAGUAUGGUAG